AUGGCGUCGGAGGGCGAGCUGGGCAGGAAGUGGGACCGGUGUCUGGCGGACUCCGCCGUCAAACUGG